GGCGCUGCCGUCGAUUGAUGAGCUAAUGGCUAGGCUGCGGGACAAGUCGCAGCUGCAGCUGCAGAACGCGGAACGAGACCUCUGCAUGGUGCUCAACGCGCUCGCCGCCCGCCUGGCUGCAACCGCACGCAAGCUGGGCGCCAUGGCAACCAAACGUGCGGCUCAGGAGGCGGCGGGGGCCCUGCCCUCGCCGUCAAAGAAGACCCCUGGAGAGGAACAGCGGCCACAGAAGCGAGCGAAGAAGCAGACGGGGGCAACGACAACUGCGGCAACGGCGGUGGUGGAGGAAGGCGAGGCGGCGGCAGGGGCUGAGGAGGCGAAGGGUGGUGACGCGGCUGCUGCGGAGGGGGAAGCGGCGGUGCCGGCGUUUCGAUACAAUGCCAGCGGCAAGAGCGCGGCCGAGCUAGCUGCAGACGGCCAACGCAUGCUGCGGGAGGUGGCGGAGAUGCUUGAGACCAG